ACGUACUCGUUCCGUCAUCGUAAGUAUUGCUUUUAUUUUGCCGGAUCAUAACCGGAAGUGUCGUCGGACUUGGCCCUUUUGUCCUACUCCAGCGCGUUUCCUUGUCUGUGCUCCGGGGAACCCAAACUAACUAGUCUGGGACCGAGGACCUCGCUGAAGAAUCCGUAGUCCUCUCUGCUUGUCCCCCCGAGUAUUGGCCGAACAAUGAUGACCCGAAGACAAGCCCGCAACCUGGAGCCUCUGGAGGUGGAAGUGGUGGAUGUGCUGUCCACUGCGGAUCUUCCCAGUCCAACUGAAAACCUCUCUGAAGACCUGGCAGACACCUCUGGAAUUGAGCUUGAUGACCUGUUUGGGCUUGAAGAUUUCAGUUUUUCAUGGGCUCAAGAUUCAAAGUCUCCAUUCUACGAGCUGUCGAAUGUCGAUGAGGUCGCCGCCAAAGAUCCUGGUGACGACACAGGCCCGUGUCCACCAAGGAAGCCAUCAGCGUUGAAGGUCGGGCCGCGUCAAAACAAGAACGCCAUCGCUGCCCGACUGAAUCGUCUCAGGAAGAAGGAGUACGUCAACAGUUUGGAGAAGAAGGUUGGCCUCAUGGCCAGUGAGAACAACAUGCUCAAACAGCAAAACUCAGAACUGACCAAAAGAGUGGAGGAACUUGAAGAUGAGACCAGGUACCUGCGGGCUGUGCUGGCCAACGAGAGCGUGCUGGCGCAGCUGCUGUCCAGGUUAAGUGGUGUGAAUGGCAUGAAAUUAUCGUCCUCGCUUUUCCUGGGCCACGACUCAAACGACCAUGACUAUGCUUUACAGAGGAAGCGUGUAAAAGUGGAGGAGAAAGAGACGUCGGGUGGUGUGUGUCUGCAUGUGGACAAGAACCACAUCUCAGUGGAGUUCUGCACCAAGUGUGCAGAGAGUGCAAGCACCUUGCUCAAAAUGUAGAGUCAAGUUAGUUGUAGUGUUGGGGCUCCAGUGGGUAACUUUAGAGCGGGGUGUGUUCAGACUGUUGUCCCAGUAAGUGCUGAAUGUGCAUGUUUUUUGUCACAAUGACUUGAGUACACGUUACUGCUAAACCUUGUUGACAGUUUCUUCUAGGUAAUGGUUGAUGUUCCAAUGGGAGAUGAGUGGCUUUCUGCACAUCUGUACCUGCUUGACUCCAUGGUAAGAAUCAGACAAUGGCCUUUGUCGAGUUUCUCAGCACAGGUGCUAGUCCUGAUUCUCAUAGUUGAUCUGUGUCAGCCAUAUGCAUCAUUGACAGAUGUAGCCAGAUAAAUGUCAAUGACUUGUUGAGUUAAAUAUAUGAAGGUGACGGUCCACAAAGAGCCAACUCCAUUGAAAUUCUGUUGCACCAGAACAAUCUUGAUGAGAAAAAAAAAAGCUCUUUUUGAACCGGCACUGUUUACUGAAAGAACCCUGAUUUAGCGCCACCUAUUUUUCUCUAUGCUAAAGUGAUUCUGCUGGUGGAAGGUGAAGAGGCUGGACAAACUGCUUCCUACGUGGCCUGAUAUUUUUGUAAAGGUAGUAUCGGUAUUCAAUGGUACAUGUGACUCUUUAUUUUUUUUGUUUUUCCAUCCAUUGCUGCACAUACAGGCUUAUUACUGAGAAUAUACUGCUGCUCUAUUCAUUUGAGUAAUGCUAAGUCUCUGCUUUGUACAUAUUGAUAUGCUGACUGAGUUGAUAAACUGUAAAAAAAAAUGUAAAAAAAAUGUUCAUAAUUCUGUUGAGUUAAUCACAAAUAAACCCUAUUUUCAUGA